UGAUCUGCAACACCUGAGCCGGGAACAGCUUGAUGACAACCUGAGUGCGGUGAUGUCCCACAAUCCUACGCAGGACUAUAGCCACAAGGAGCUGGCCAAAAUCCUCGGAUUACUGACCUACAACCUCAUCGCCCAGGCAAAGAUGGAUGAAGUAAAAGUUUCUCGCCUGCAACAGGAAUCGUUGUCAUUUCGGAUCCAAGCUGAGGAGGCUCAGAGGAAUCUGGCACAAGCUCACGACCAGCUAGACCAAAUCAUGGCAGAGACUCAGAGCCAACGAGGAACGGCAGAUGAAAAGGACGCAGAGCUACAGGAGGAAGUAAAAGGACUACAACAGGCCCUGAUUGAUCUCCGCGUAGACACAGCGCGCAGAGAGCAGCAGGAAAAGGACACUAGUGAGGAACUCCAACAAGCCAAGGCUCUUUUGAUAAGAGCAGAGACUGAACUUAAGGAUAGAGUUGCCAGAGCUAAGGCAUACGAAGGGCAUCUGCAAAGUGCCCGGGAGGAAAUCAAUGCCCUGUAUCAAGAAAGAACUCACUUAAAAGACAAACUUGACACAGCUCACAGGGAGCUAAAACAUGCAUAUAGAUUACAAAGUGACUCUGAAAAAGAAAUACCCAACAUGGAAUUUCCCUUAACCAAAACCCUGUUUCCCGGUCACAGUGUGGCCCCUAAGGAAUUGGACAAACUGGCUAGAAACAUCUCUACUUUCACGCCAGAGCCUGCAGGAGGCUAUGACAUACAUGCCUACCUACAAGACAUUGACUUUCAUUUACAGACUGUAGCCAAUGUUACUACACGAGAUCACCUCUACCUCCUCAGGAUCACUUAGCCGCUGGCGCGGAGCUUCCUGGACCGGCAGCCAGACAAGAUCAAAGCGGAUUAUCAGCAGCUUCAAAAGGCCCUGAUUAAGGAGUUCUCUGACCCAGAGUCAGAGCAAGGACUGUUUACUGCUCUGGAUCUAAAACAGAGCAGGCAUGAAACCACACAAGCCUAUUACAACAGGCUCCGACAGGCCUACUUCGGAGCCCGAAAUGAGCCAGGAAUGGAGGAAGAGUUCAACUUCAAAACCUUGUUCCUCAGAAACCUGCACCCUGCUGUGAGUCAUCACCUGGGGGUCCUGGUCUGCCCACGGGAAAUGUCCAUCCAGCAGCUGCGAGACUUAGCCCGAAAAGCCUAUACCAAGCAAAGGACUGUACCCGAAAAAACUGUAAAAGGGGCAGCAAUCUAUUCUGUCUCCGAGCAGUGCUCAGAACUGGCACUAGAGGGCACCCAGCAACGCUAUCGUGACAAACCUGCCCAACAAGUGUCACGACGCUUUCCAACCAACAGAGAACCACAUGGUUACGGCGGUGCCCGGCCCAAAUACCAAGCUGGACGCCCUGGGAGAUCCUGGGACAGACAACGACCACCAUUCAACCCAAAAGACGGAACCACCUGGGAAGGAUCUAAAUGGCCCAAAGGAAACUGGCACUCGCCAACACGAGCAUCAGGCUUCGACUGGAAACAGCAAAAACCCCAGCAACAUGGACUACCAAUAACACAAGACCCAGAAAACACAUUGGAAACAGCAGAGAUUUUGAGAAUUUUAAAGGAAAUCAUCCAAGAAAAACACCACAAAAAAGACAAGGAGGACAAAUCAGAUCAAUUAUGA